CAAAACCAGAUAUUAGAAGAAAGCUUCGAAUCGAAACCUCUCCAAAACCCCGUGGCUGCGGGUUUUCUUCACUCUCCUUCAAUCCUGUCUUUCCCGCUUUUGCUGUUUGUUUCAGACUUUGAGCUUCGUUUAAUGGCGCUGUUGAAUCGCGUUUGUCGUCUGAGUCCCAAUCACCGCCACCUCUGCUUCGCCAAGUGCCACGACAUCGUUUCUUCCAUUCCUUCCACCACCACGCAUCGUAUCAGCAGCGUUUCCCAUGCCGUGGCUUCCACCGGAAAGCGCGCGUUCCUCGUUGAUACACUUGGCCUGGUUAGGGGUUUAGAGGCAAAUGGGGUGCCGCCUAAACAGGCUGAAGCGAUAACUUCUGCCAUCACUGAAGUUCUCAAUGAUAGCUUGGAAAAUGUAGCUCAUUCUUUUGUUACAAAAUCAGAAUUGCAAAAGUCAGAGAUGCUCCAAGAAUCAAAUCUGUCAAAGUUCAAAUCUGAAGUGCAAAGUUCUCAGGAGCAUCAUUUUUCUUUGUUACAAGGCCAGACACAAAAGCUUCAUAAUGACAUAGAGAAGAUGAGAACUGAAUUAAGGCAUGAGAUUGACAAAGUCACUGCAGGGCAACGUUUGGACUUGAAUCUUGAAAGAGCACGCAUACGGGAUGAGCUUGCUAAUCAAAAUGCUGAAACCACCGCGCUGACAAACAAACUUGAUCGGGAAAUCCAUGCAUUAAGAGCCCAGUUAGAAGCUGCAAAGUAUGAUGUGAUCAAAUACUGCAUAGGUACCCUUGUCUCCAUAUCUGCAGUGGGUCUCGCUGUAAUCCGUAUCAUAUUGUAGUUGUCUUCCAUGAAUUAAAGGUGAAGGUCUUGGUUUACUUCUUCUAUUGACAUUUUGGAAAUGGUAGGAGCAUCAUUGUUUUCCAUUAGACCUGUAAUAUUUUUUGGGUUAAUUUCACAGAAUUACCCUCGACUUCAUAUGUAGAUACCCCCCUUCAUAGAAACGUCAAAAUUGUUUGAAUUCUAUAGUUGGAUUGAAUUGCACCAAUUUAAAGCUAAAUUGAGUUGUUACUCGUUAAUCGGAAGAUUCAUGGAAUAAAUUGAUACAUUAUUAUCA